AUGGCAUGUUCACCAGAUGAUUAUUUGAGAGGUGUUGUGUCGCUACUGAAAGAAGAAGCUUACAAUUGGUGGGAAACAAUCAAGACAGUGGUGCCGACUUUUCCGGUGAAGAAAUCUAGAGAAGAAUUUAGUAGGGCCACUUCAAUGCUGGAAAGAUUGAGAAAGAAAAGAUCAAGACAAUCUGAUUCCAGGAAAUUUGGUAGACCUGCAGCUAGUAUGAGCAGUGUUCAAAAUGCCCCUCAACUUAAGUGUCAGUAUUGUGGAAGAAAUCACCUUGGUGAGUGUUGGAGCAAGACAGGAGCUUGUUAUAGGUGUGGAUCUACUGAUCAUUUCAUUCGAGAAUGUCCCCAACUACAAAGAGAUGAAGUAGAGUAG